CUUAGACUGUUACACAACUGCUGGGGUCUGCUCUCGCCGCCUGCCCGGCAGUCAGUCAGCUUCGUUGCCGCUGUCGCUGCCUCAGCGGUUCCGGGAGUCUCAGGCCCGCCGCUGUCGCUGCUUAUCCGCGCCUCUGGGAGCCUCCGGGAGCUUCCGCGAGCCCCCCGUCUGUCAGCACAGCCGGUCCUGACCGCCUGCGUCUCCUCCGCACCCCUCGCCGCCUGCCGCGCUCGGCGCUCCGGCCGACAUGAGUGGGGACCAUCUCCACAACGAUUCCCAGAUCGAAGCGGAUUUCCGAUUGAAUGAUUCUCACAAACACAAAGAUAAACACAAAGACCGAGAACAUCGGCACAAAGAGCACAAGAAGGACAAGGAGAAGGAUCGGGAUAAGUCCAAGCAUAGUAACAGUGAACAUAAAGAUUCUGAAAAGAAACACAAAGAGAAGGAGAAAACCAAACACAAAGAUGGAAGCUCAGAAAAGCAUAAAGACAAACACAAAGACAGAGACAAGGAAAAACGAAAGGAGGAAAAGAUUAGAGCCUCUGGGGAUGCAAAAGUAAAGAAGGAGAAGGAAAAUGGUUUCUCUAGGGAUUCCAGAUGCUUCACUGGAAUGCUGUUUUCGGUGCAUUGUUUUGGGACUUGCUUCCUUCAGGCCUAUCCCCCACGAAUUAAAGAUGAACCUGAAGAUGAUGGCUAUUUUGCCCCCCCUAAAGAGGAUAUAAAGCCAUUGAAGAGACCUCGAGAUGAGGAUGAUGCUGAUUACAAACCUAAGAAAAUUAAAACAGACGAUAUCAAGAAGGAGAAGAAACGAAAACUAGAGGAAGAAGAGGAUGGUAAAUUGAAAAAACCCAAGAAUAAAGAUAAAGAUAAAAAAGUUCCUGAACCAGAUAACAAGAAAAAGAAACCGAAGAAAGAAGAGGAGCAGAAGUGGAAAUGGUGGGAAGAAGAGCGUUACCCUGAAGGCAUCAAGUGGAAAUUCCUAGAGCAUAAAGGCCCUGUAUUUGCUCCACCAUAUGAGCCUCUUCCAGAGAACGUCAAGUUUUACUAUGAUGGUAAAGUCAUGAAGCUGAGCCCCAAAGCAGAAGAAGUAGCUACGUUCUUUGCAAAAAUGCUCGACCAUGAAUAUACUACUAAGGAAAUAUUUAGGAAAAAUUUCUUUAAAGACUGGAGAAAGGAAAUGACUAACGAAGAGAAGAAUGUUAUCACCAGCCUAAGCAAAUGUGAUUUCGCUCAGAUGAGCCAGUAUUUCAAAGCCCAGACAGAAGCACGAAAACAGAUGAGCAAAGAAGAAAAGCUGAAAAUCAAAGAGGAGAAUGAAAAAUUAUUGAAAGAAUAUGGCUUCUGUGUUAUGGAUAACCACAGAGAGAGAAUUGCCAACUUCAAGAUAGAGCCUCCUGGGCUUUUCCGUGGCCGUGGCAACCACCCCAAGAUGGGCAUGCUGAAGAGACGGAUCUUGCCUGAGGAUAUAAUCAUCAACUGUAGCAAAGACGCCAAGGUUCCUUCCCCUCCUCCAGGACAUAAGUGGAAAGAGGUCCGACAUGAUAACAAGGUUACUUGGCUGGUCUCCUGGACAGAGAAUAUCCAAGGUUCCAUUAAAUACAUCAUGCUGAACCCCAGUUCACGGAUCAAGGGCGAGAAAGACUGGCAGAAAUACGAGACUGCUCGGCGGCUGAAGAAUUGUGUAGACAAGAUCCGGAACCAAUAUCGAGAAGACUGGAAGUCCAAAGAGAUGAAAGUACGGCAGAGAGCAGUAGCCCUGUACUUCAUCGACAAGCUUGCUCUGAGAGCAGGCAAUGAGAAGGAGGAAGGAGAAACAGCAGACACUGUGGGUUGCUGCUCUCUUCGCGUGGAGCACAUCAAUCUACAUCCAGAGUUGGAUGGUCAGGAAUACGUGGUAGAGUUUGACUUUCUUGGGAAGGACUCGAUCAGAUACUAUAACAAGGUCCCCGUUGAAAAACGAGUUUUUAAGAACCUACAACUAUUUAUGGAGAACAAGCAGCCUGAAGAUGACCUUUUUGAUAGACUCAAUACUGGUAUUCUAAAUAAGCAUCUUCAGGACCUCAUGGAGGGCUUGACAGCCAAGGUGUUCCGUACAUACAAUGCCUCCAUCACGCUACAGCAGCAGCUAAAAGAACUCACAGCCCCGGAUGAGAACAUCCCAGCAAAGAUCCUUUCUUAUAACCGUGCCAAUCGAGCUGUUGCAAUUCUUUGUAACCAUCAGAGGGCACCACCAAAAACCUUUGAGAAGUCCAUGAUGAACUUGCAGUCUAAGAUUGAUGCCAAAAAGGAACAACUGGCAGAUGCCCGGAGAGACCUGAAAAGUGCUAAGGCCGAUGCCAAGGUCAUGAAAGAUGCAAAGACCAAGAAGGUGGUAGAGUCAAAGAAAAAGGCUGUGCAGAGACUGGAGGAGCAGUUGAUGAAGCUGGAAGUUCAGGCCACAGACCGAGAGGAGAAUAAACAAAUUGCCUUGGGAACCUCCAAACUCAAUUAUCUGGACCCUCGGAUCUCAGUGGCUUGGUGCAAGAAAUGGGGGGUCCCGAUUGAGAAAAUUUACAACAAAACCCAGCGGGAGAAGUUUGCCUGGGCCAUCGACAUGGCUGAUGAGGACUUCGAGUUUUAGCCGGUCUCAAGGGGCAGGGUUCUCUGAUAAGGAACAGUGUGGUUUGGGGAAGAUGGAUAAACUGUGAGCCUCGCUUGCCGUCGCACAUGAGGGAGAGAGGCAGCAAGUCUUAACAAACCAACAUCUUUGCGAAAAGAUAAACCUGGAGAUAUUAUAAGGGAGAGCUGAGCCAGUUGUCCUAUGGACAACUUAUUUAAAAAUAUUUCAGAUAUCAAAAUUCUAGCUGUAUGAUUUGUUUUGAAUUUUGUUUUUAUUUUCAAGAGGGCAAGUGGAUGGGAAUUUGUCAGAGUUCUGCCAGGCAAAUUCACUGUUUCACUGAAACGUUUGGAUUCUCUUAGCUACUGUAUACGAAGUCCGAUUAUAUUGGUGCGUUUUUACAGUUAGGGUUUUGCAAUAACUUCUAUAUUUUAAUAGAAAUGAAUUCCUAAACUCCCUCCCCUCUCCCCAUUUCAGGAAUUUAAAAUUAAGUAGAACAAAAACCCAGCGCACCUGUUAGAGUCGUCACUAUCUAUCGUCAUGGGAACCAAUUUUCAUUAAACUUGAAGCAGUUGUGACAUCGGCAGUGUUUUGGUUCAGACACCUGUUCACAGAAAAGCAUGAUGGGAAAAUAUUUCCUGACUUGAGUGUUCCUUUUUAAAUGUGAAUUUUUAUUUCUUUUUAAUUAUUUUAAAAUAUUUAAACCUUUUUCUUGAUCUUAAAGAUCGUGUGGAUUGGGGUCGGGAGGGAUGAGGGGCGAGUGAGUCUGAGGAUAAUGAAAUAAUCGGUGACCGAAUCCAUUUUCCCAUCAUCCUUUGUUCUGAGCAUUCUCUGUACCCUUUAAGGUAUCCCUCUUUUUCUUUUUAAACCCCAGUCUUUCACUUGAAAGAUUUUAUUGUAUAAAAAGCUUCACAGGUCAUUAAAUUUAGAGGAAAAUGAGUAUUUGGUCCAAAAAAGGAAAAAUAAUCAAGAUUUCCGGGCUUUUAUUUUUUCUUUUGUAAUUGUGUAAAAAAAUGGGGGAAAAAAACAUAAAAAGCAGAAUUUUAAUGUGAAGACAUUUUUUGCUAUAAUCAUUAGUUUUAGAGGCAUUGUUAGUUUAGCGUGUGUGCAGAGUCCAUUUCCCACAUCUUUCCUCAAGUAUCUUCUAUUUUUAUCAUGAAUUCCCUUUUAAUCAACUGUAGGUUAUUUAAAAUAAAUUCCUACAACUUAACGGAAACUUAGUGCCUGCCUCUUUGUUACCCAGGGCUCCAGGCAAGCGUAGGAACCCUGGGGCUGGGCUUGGGAUGUGGUCUGACCACUCAGGUCUCAGGGGCCGGUCCCUCCCCUGAGGCUGGGCCUAGCCUGGCAGGUGGUUAAUCUGUCCUGCUGCUGUGGGUAUGGCUCAAAAGGGGAUCCAAAGUCCACAUCCCUAGCUAGAGGCAGGCCCAGGAAGUAAGGGGGGGUGCAGAAAAUCCACAGGAACAGGUGGGUUACAAGAAUUGUAUCUGAAGCUGAGUAUGGGUAAUGUGUGUUGAACAAGAUGAAGCAAGUGUA